AUGUCUUCUCCAACCAAGACCUCGCCACCCACCGCCCUCGACAGGAACCGCGACGGCAUCUUCGGCCCGGACCACGGCGGGCCUCUCGCCCCCACCGGACCGACCCUGCCCAUGCCCGGGCUCUCCGGCCGCGCCAACUCACCCACUGGCAACCUGCUCAAAGGCCCCGUCGACGACGCCGGCAAGCUCAAGGACGCCGCCCUCAUGGUCGGCAUCAAGCUCGAUCUGGAGGCUGAGAUACACCUCACGGCGCGGGUGCGCGGCGACGUUCUGGUUGGUCUGUACUAG